AUGGCUGAAGAAGGUACUAUCAUUCCUCUUCUUACCCCAUACAAGAUGGGAAACUUCAAUCUGUCUCACAGAAUCGUUUUGGCACCACUGCUCAGAGCAAGAUCUUACAACAAUGUUCCUCAGCCUCAUGCUAUUUUAUAUUACUCUCAGAGAACUACCAAGGGAGGGCUUCUGAUAGCUGAAUGUAACGCUAUUUCAGCCACUUCUCAAAGCCAUCCAAACACACCUGGUAUAUGGUCAAGAGAGCAAGUAGAAGCAUGGAAACCUAUUGUGGAUGCUGUUCAUGCCAAAGGUGGAAUAUUUUUCUGUCAGAUUUAUCAUGUUGGAAGGGCUUCAAAUCCAGAUUUUAAGCAAACUGGGCAAGCUCCAAUAUCAUCUACGAACAAGCCACUGUCACGAGCACCUUUCUUGGUACCAAGGCAGCUAGAGAUAGAUGAAAUUCCUCAUAUUGUCAAUGGCUUCAGAUGUGCAGCAAGGAAUGCUAUCGAGGCUGGCUUUGAUGGAAUCGAGAUUCACGGGGCUCAUGGUUAUUUGAUUGACCAGUUUUUGAAAGACCAAAUAAAUGACAGAACAGACAAAUAUGGUGGGUCCAUUGAGAACCGUUGCCGCUUUGCAUUAGAAGUUGUUGAAGCUGUUGUUCAAGAAAUAGGGGCAGAUAGAGUGGGAGUAAGGUUAUCACCUUUUGCUCAAUACAAUGAAAGUGGUGACUCUAAUCCUGAAGCAUUGGGCCUUUACAUGGUUAAAUCUCUGAACAAAUAUGGUAUUCUUUACUGCCACAUGGUUGAGCCAAGGAUGGAUAUAUCUAAUGAGAAAGGAGAAACCACUCACUGUCUUGUACCAAUGAAGAAGGUAUUUAAUGGAGCUUUUAUUGUUGCUGGAGGUUAUAACAAAGAAGAAGGUAAUAGGGCUGUGGCAGAGAACAGAGCCAAUCUUGUUGCAUAUGGUCGUUUGUUCUUGGCUAAUCCAGAUUUGCCCAAGAGAUUUGAGCUUGAUGCAUCACUCAACAAGUACGAUAGGGACACGUUCUAUACUCCUGAUCCAGUUGUAGGUUACACUAAUUAUCCUUUUCUUGAAGACAGUGCUGGAUUUGUCUGA